AUGGGGGACGCCCGCAAGUACAUCCGCCGGAUCGUCCGGCAGGUCCACCCCGAUCUGUUCGCGGAGUUCCCGCACGCCCGGGCGGCCAACACCGAGGCUCUCAAGGAGCUCAACGCGUAUCUGGCGUCCCUCGAGGACCCGGAGGGGCGCGCUAUCAGCGGCCACGGCGCGUCGCGCGUUGAGUUUUGGGUCAAGGAUGGAGCGGGUGGCGUGUCGCAGGUGCACGCGGAGCUCCCGGGCGGCCGGGGGUCGCUCGGCCCGCUUUUCCUGGCGUUCGGGCUCAUCACCGAGGAGGAGAUGGAGCGAGAUUUCGCGGUCGGGCUCGAGGGACGGCCGGACCACAGCAACGUGAAUCUCCUGCACUUCCUCCGCGAGACGGUCGCCGCCGCGGUGAAGCAGGCCGCCCAGCACGAGGUGCUCCGUGAACAGCUGCGGGGGCUCUCCGUGCAGGUGGAGCGCGAGCACGGCCUGCUCGUCGUGGAGGUCGCGUCGGACUACCUCGCGUCGCCGACCGAGCAGCUGCACCACAUCGAGGCCCUCGAGCUCCUCCGCGACUCCCUCGCCGACCUCAACGCGCGGUCCCCGGGAGCCCUCUCGGGCCUCGCGAUCCGCCUCUACCCGCCGGGCGCCCACGCGGCGUCGAGCUACGUUGGCGACGACGGCACGCUGCAUCUCGUGGCCGAGGACGGGCACCUGCAGGAGGUGCUCGAGUGCCUCGACCUCGAGAAGGCGCACCUGCUCACGAAGCUCAACAUGUACUGGGCGCGGCGGGUGCGCGAGCUCGCGGUCCCCGCGGCGGCGAAGCUCGGCGUGCGGCAGGUGUGGUGCGACUCGCGGUCGGAGCAGGGCGCGCAGCAGUUCUCGAUCUGGGCCGGCCGCGUCCUCCAGCUCGACGAGGGGCAGUCCCCCGCGCCGUGCGAGUACCGCAGCCACCCCGAGUCGGGUCUGACUGUGCUGGUGCACAACGACCCCACUAGCCCGCUCCUGGAGCACCUCCCGUCGUCGUCCGUGCUCCAGGUCCGCGCGGACUGCUCCGUCGAGGAGCUGACGAGCUUCCUGCAGUCCGACACGGGCAUCCAGGCGUCGGACCGCGCGGCCGAGGUCGUCGACGAGCGCGCGGAGGAGGAGCGCCGGCUGCGCGAGUGCGGCAAGGCGCUCGGGUGCAAGCACCUCAUCCGCAUCGUGACGCUCGCGCAGCAGGACGAGAUCUACGCGGCCAUCGCGCGGCUGAGCGACUGCGCGGCGCGCCUGCGCGGCGCGGUGGACCUGUCGGGCGCGAGCAUCGCCAUCGACGACUGCUACGAGGUGUGGGGCACGGGGUUCAUUUCGAUCCCGUACGACUUCAAGGUCGAGGACCUCGAGCCGCAGCUCGUGCGGCUGCUCGGCGCCGCCGACAGGGACAGCACCGUGGUCGGGGGGGACGCCCUGGCCGACAACAGCGCCAGCGACGACGACAGCGACUUCGGCGGCGGCGCCGGCGCGGGCGUCGCGGAGGAGGCGGCGGCCGUCGACGGCGACGCGGCCGUGCCCGAGGAGCAGACCGUGCAGCAGCGCGUCGACUUUGAGCACGCGCCGGAGGCGAAGGCGGCGGCGGCGGCGGCGGCGGCGGCGGCGGCGGCGCCGCGCCCGAAGAUCAAGCGGGUCAAGAAGGCUCCGGCGCGCAAGAAGAAGGCGAAGGCCGCUGCGGAGGUGGCGCCGCAGACCGUGAUGGCGGCCGCGGCCGAGGUGGCGCCCGCUGCGAAGCCGGCGGCCGCGGAGCAGCCGGAGGCGGCGAUGGCCGCGAGCGCGGAGACUGUCGAGGAGAAGGACGCCGCGAAGCCGGCGGUUGCGGAGGAGGCUGUCGCGGCGCAGCCGCAGAUGGCGGCGCGCGCGGAGGCGGCGGAGGCCCCCGCGAAGCCGCAGGUCGUCGCCGCGGCCGCAGACGAGGAGGUGGCGGCGGCCGUGGCGGCCGAGGCGGCCGAGGCGCCCCCCCCGCCCCGCCAGCGCGCCGCGAUCGCGUCGCUGGGCGCCGUGGGAGAGGAGCUGCUGGAGAAGCCCCGGCGGAUCGUCGCCGCGAAGCUCGGGCAGGCGAUGCAGCAGGCGCGGUCCGCGGCGGAGGAGCUCGCGCAGCCGGGUCGCGUGGCGGCGCCGAAGCCGGCCGACGAUCAGCUGCUGAUCAAGCCGCAGCGGAUCAGCGCCAAGUCGCUGGAGCGGUCGCGGCUGAAGGCGGAGGCGCGCGCGGCGACGCUGAGGGCGGACGCGGAGCGGCUGCGCGCGGAGGCGAAGAAGGCGGACGCGGCGUGGCGGUCGGCGCAGGAGCAGGCGCUGGCGGACGCCAAGGAGCGGAGGCUCGCGGCGGCCGCGCAGGCGUCCGCGCAGGCGGAGCGCGCCGCGGAGCAGGCGAGCCGGCGCGCGGAGAUGCUCGCGGAGGCGGAGGCGCUGCUGCACGCCAAGGGCGGGUCGGACGACGAGGCGCAAGUUCUACUGGACCUGACCAAGUCGUACUGGGACCUGUCCUCGGACUCGGACGACGAGGCGGUGGGCCUCGCGCCGCCCCCCGUGCGCCACGCCGCGGACUCGGGGCACGCCGCGCCGCCGGCUGCGGCGGGCCAGGACACGCAGGCGCGCACCAAGGUGCAAACGCAGGCCACGGCGCCGGCGAACCCCGGGUGGCGCGGGCUGGGCGCGCUGGUGGCGGUGCGCGUGACGAUGGAGCGCGCGUUCCAGCAGGGGCUGCCGGCCCCGAAGUGGAUGGGGGAGGGAGUGCCGGAGCGCAUGCGGGAGUCCCUGGGGGGUCUGUUGCGGCGCGGGGACCAGGCGCGGUCGAAGGCGUCCGGCGGGCUGACGGGGCGGCCGCCGCAGAGCAAGAGCGGCGGGUGGCUCGGCCUGCGGAAGCAGACGCGCUCGUCGGCGCCCCCGCGCGCGCACCUGGCCCCCGCCGCGCGUGCGGUGCGCAGCUUCGCCCUGCUCUGA